AAACAAACAAACCCGUCAAGUAUCUCCAUCAUGGCUAUGCCCACACAUCUCCAGGGCGGCUUGAUGCCGUCCGAGUCGAACUUCCUUGCCGAGAACGAGCUCAUAACAAUCCUCCCGCGGUAUUCCAUGCCCAAACUCGAGUUGAUUGGUACCAAGAUCCCUGCCCUUAGGGCCAUGCGUAGAGAACAGGUGCCGCUCUGGAUCGCGCUUAUUCUCAAGUCGCAGGACAAAUGUAACAUUGUCCCCCCAGAGUGGCUCCUGGCCACAUACUUGAAGAGUCGUUACGACGCGGAAUUGGCUCAACCACACCGAUUCAGCGCGUUGCCAUGGCAUUGGCUCGAAACGUCAAAGAUCUUGUUGGCCCGAGCCCCAGAUGACUUGGCAGACCUGACUUCUCAGUUGAAACUGAUCAUCCAGGAUCUACGAGAAAUCCGUCUUGUCAAGUCCCGCAAGGGUCUUCGUGAGCUUAACGAGUCGAACAUCCAAUUGGAUGGGCUUUCGCUUCUUGAGAUCAACGAAAUUCGUCCGUUUGUGUUGACAGUGAUGAACAAGUUACGUCAACUUCAUGACGCGGUAGUACCCGAGGGUGACGAGAUAGAAGAAGAGGAUGAGGAUGAUGAAUAGAGUCUAAAUGAUAGCCUUUAAGCUCAAUCCCCCGAGGUUCUGGCGUAGCCAGAACCGAGUCCAGCGUAUAUGGAUAUCUAUAAAGUGCGCUCCCUGUCAUAUCGACAGUACUCACCUUCUCCAGACUUGUAUGGGACACACUCGCCAGUCCUUUAUAGACGAAACCGCCCCGGAAAUACCCUAGGCUCUCCCCGAGCAGGGGACAGCGGGAGCGUCUCAGUCCCACGCUGAAGAGCAUUGGUCACCCUACGGGGUAUGUAAGCCGCUCCGCUGGCACUCCGUGGGCCACUAGCCGUGGGGGCCUUGUUCCUCUACCGAGGAAGACUCAGGACCUAACAUUCUCCUCGUAGAGGAGCUAGGCCCCACGCAGUGGCUCUCCCCGAGCAGGGGCCAGCGGAGCGUCAUACAGUCCCGCAGGGCAGGAGAGUAGCUACCCUACGGGGUAUGUAAGCCGCGUCAGGUCUCCUCACAGAGGAGCUAGACACCACGAUGUGGCUCUCCCCAAGAAGGAGCCAGCGGAGCGUCCUACAGACACAUUGCGGGCGUCUGGCCCCGGUUCCUCUAUCGAGGAAGGUGACUGCUCUAAGCAGUACUGAUUUCUAUUGAGCAAACUUCAAAGUCUCAAGAUAGCGAGACCUUACUCUACUAAAUACGGAAAAUAGAGUCGCUGAUUAAUAUUUAUACAUUGAUACAUAAUUCUAAAAGAUUAGCG